AUGGCGACAGCUCAUCCGAUCGACGAUGAACGAGCCGUAUCAACGUGGCAGAGGAUAAACAAUUGGCUACCGUUUCCUUUUGGUGACCAUCCGUGGUGGAUCGACGGUACUACCCGCGCCCCUGACGAGAAGGACGAGAACCCACGGCUUUGGCGGGAAGGAGUGAUUAACAUUUUCGAUCAUAAUGGCUUCGAUUUUCAAGUCUUCAUUGUCGCAGCAUCUGGCUUUUUGACAGAUUCAUAUUCACUCUUUGCGACCAAUGUGAUAUUGCCUCUGUUGGCAUUCUUGUAUUGGCCAAAUCGGAAUGACAGACUGCCCGAGCUCUAUAUCAAUGUUGCGACCUUGGCCGGAUCUGUUGUUGGGCAGCUACUCUUUGGCUGGUUGACUGAUAGACUCGGACGAAGAAAGCUGUACGGUCUUGAGCUUGUGCUGGUCAUAUUUGCAACGCUAGGAAUGUCCCAGGCGUCAAACGGCAUGUACAACAACAUGGACAUAUUGAGCUGGAUGAUAUUCUAUCGCUUCUUUCUUGGGAUGGGUAUUGGAGCGGAAUAUCCCCUUAGUGCUGUUAUCACUGCAGAAUUUGCUAGCACCAAGUAUCGGGCGAGGAUGAUGGCUGCCGUAUUUCUGAUGCAGCCGUUGGGGCAAGUCCUGGCAGCUGCAAUCGGAUGGGGAGUUUUGACAGGUUUGAUGCAAUCGCGCGGCCUGCAGAAUCUACCAGACCGUGGAACGGGGUUCAAUCAACUCCCAGUGGAGCAACAGCAUCAGAUCCUGUCAACACUAGAUAGUGUUUGGCGCUGGGUUGUUGGCGUGGGUUGUAUCCCCGCGUUGCUUGCCAUUCUAUGGAGAUUCUCCAUUCCAGAGUCACCUCGCUAUACCAUGGAUGUUGCUCAUGACCCCAAACAAGCACUCGUGGCUACCAAGCGUCAGUUUCGACGCACUGCCCGAAUUCUGGAAUCGAUCAAUGUGUCCUCCGACGAGGCCGAUACUCUUGCUCCUUCAAAUCCUCGGAGUUUCCCAACAUCUCCUACACUUGCUGCUUCUCCUGACCCAGCAGGGGACGAAUCGACCUUUUGGGAUUUCUUCUUUGUUGAGGGCAACAUCAGAUACCUUGCAGCAACUGCUAUUUGCUGGUUUCUGCUUGACUUUUGCUUCUACGCCCUUGGAAUUAACUCCCCUCGGCCACUUGCAGCUCUAUGGGCCUCUGAAAUACCAAACGUCACGGUAACCUCUGUCCUUCCGGUUGCAACUACUAGCAUGACAAUUCCCUUUACCCACGCGGUGACGCUCAAUGGAAACAUCUACAAUGUGACGACUUCGAUUAUUGCAAAUAUCCCACCCCCAACGACCACGGUUACCAGCCUGAUAGCAGCCACUGGCUCGAGUCUCCAUAUUCCCGACUAUCAAAAUAUCUGGGAUCCAACACGCAACAUGUUCGAGGAGUUAUCUCACAACGCAAAAUUCUAUAUCCUCACCAUAUCUAUCACCUCCUUGGUCGGCAGUGGAGUACUGAUCUGGAUCAUCGACUACAUUCCGCGCAAGACUUGGUUGGUCUCGUCAUUUCUACUUCUGAGUAUCUGGUUCGCUGUAUUGGGAGGGGUCUUGAUGGCGACCGAGUUUACCGAGGGGCAUGUAGCCAAUGUGGUUCUAUACGCAUUCUGUCAAUUUUUAUUUAAUUUGGAAAUAUUUCCAACCCGGUUUCGUGCUACCUGCCAUGGUAUUUCAGCCGCCUGUGGAAAGCUUGGCGCCAUCGUCAUUCUCAUCCUCACAGAGAAGACUGUCUUGAACGCUAAUCCUCGGGCGUUGGACAAACUUCUCGGCGCGUUUUCGGUUCCACUUGCUGCCGGGGCGUUCUUUGCCUGGAUAUGGAUUCCUGAGCUCCAAACACUCCCAACUGGCGAUGCACGGGCGCUUCGUCUACCUCGACUACCCAACAAGAGUCUGGAAUGGCUAGCAAAAGGAUGGAAGUUUGCUAAUGGCACUGAUCAAACUCAGGAUCCGCGCACUCGCCUUCCAAGGGGCGAAAAUCAAAGGUUGGGAUUUUUCAACAAGCUUCAAGAUGCAUGGAUUUUCCUUCGAUACAGAGGCAGGAGGAGGGUCUUGGGUACAACCGGCGCCUCUGCUGGCAGAGAAGGAACGACUGAUGAUCCUAUACGGAUGGGAAAUAUUGCCGCUGCAUCACCGACACAAGAUAGUCUCGAGAUGUAUUCUUAA